GGGCUGCGGUGCUUGUAGUCUGCGCGUCUGUAUGCGGCACAGGCUGAAGAUAUUCCGCUGGCUGCAGCGGCUCUCUCUUGAGAGCGAGGACGGGGCAGCUGAAGCGAGUUGGUCGGUGUGGGAGGGCCCUAAGCCGGAAGGCGGUCAGAGAGGAUGGUGUUGCUAGCGCUUGCGCCAAGCAGCUAUUGGCAAUGGCGAAUCAGCCUGUUAUCCGCGGAUCGCAGGCCAGCGAGGGGCGUCUGUACGGCAAAGCAAGUCGCGGCUAGCGAUGCAGUGAGGAAGCUAUGUGGUUCGGAGAGACAGCAAGGGAUGACGUGCGGCGGCGUACAGAGGCAGCGAUGGCGGCUGUGGAGGAAACUCGGCCCGCAGUGGUCCGCAGAUAUAUUUGGGACUACUAGACAGGAGAGGAAUUAUUGGACGCGGCACGGCAGCAUAAUAUACACUCGAGUCGACCUGGCGGCUCUUUUGCCAUGCUCACCCGCCUUACGCUGCGUGUGGCUCUGCCUGUUGCCCACCCCGGUCCUGCGCCCACCAUGCGAGCAAGGUGUGGCCUCUUUUGGUCACGACGAGGUAAUCAUGUCUCAGCUACCCGGUUUUGGAGCAAAGCUGGGUGAGGGCGCGCAAUGUGACUCACUAAAGGACAGUCGGGCUCAGUAUCGAGCGUCAUUCAUUCUCGAGGUCUAGGGAGACAUGCUAGACUGGCUUGGCCGAAGUGUCCGAGAGAGAGUGGGUGUGUGUGUGCGUCUACCUGAAAGCGUCGACUAGCCAUGUCGCAGCGGGAGACGAUCGCGCACUAGUCGCUAGGACGCUAAUCGACGCGACGGCCGACCUUGACUGAUGUGAACUGAGUCUACUACUGUCACCGUAUACGACCGACCAGCCCAACCCUCUCUACCCAGCACCCGGAGAGUUCCUUACUGUUCCCCUCGACCAAUCAGCGCCGCCACGGUGCUGCCCCCGGCCCAUCGCACCUUCCGCUACACCUUUCGCGUCGCCAUCGCACCUACCGCACCCUU